GUCUUGCUUUCCUACGUAAAGCUCGGGUAAGGGUUUAUAGCUCAGUAUCUCUCAGAUUAGUAGGUUAGGAACUUACGGUUAUAACAAAACUGGCAAGCAUCAGGAUAAGUUAACUGAAUACUUCCAUGGUGAAAAUGUCUGCUUUGUCUCGUGGACACAGGCAGCAGUGCUACCUGUGUGACUUGCCUAGAAUGCCAUGGGCUAUGUUGAACGACUUUUCGGAAGCUGUGUGCCGAGGCUGCGUGAACUAUGAAGGGGCCGAUCGUAUCGAGCUCAUCAUCGAAACAGCUCGCCAAAUGAAACGGGCCCACGGGUUUCAGGAUAGUAGACAACCCUAUAAAUCCCAGCCGUCCUCACUAGCCAGUAGAAAUAAUCACGAUGCCCUAAACGGGGCGGUGGUAUCAGCGGAAGCAACGGUUAUGCCAUCUCACGCUUCCACUAUGACUGCAGUUGCAGUCUCACAAACAACAGUUGCUGUUGACAGGUUCGGUUCGCACGAUGGCCGCCCGCGUGCACUGUUGGAAUACAGUAACCAGCGCUUGCCAGGACACAGAGUAUAUGAUGUUCCCCAUGAUGCCACAACAGUGGCUUUCAGUCGAGGAAGUCCAAGUUUAUCUAUUCGAGCACUUCCACCAUCGGCCAUGGCAAUGGCAACACAUGUGACACUGUCUGCUCCGGCCGGUCGCCAAAAUUCUUUGUUAGACAAACGGUCAAGUGAAAGAGAUGAGGAUGAAAGCUCUCUCAGUACAAGCGGUUCAGAGAAUAACCAUAAACGGGCGUUGUUGGACAACCAUGCUGCCGGCCGACCUCCCUUAACACGAGGAGAAAGCCUUCCAGCUGCUGUGAUGGGGAUCCCGUUUGAUGCCCGGUACAAGAAAGAUCACCACAUGGUUGGAAGGAUGUGUUCUUUUGAUGCCGCUGUGGCUUCAAGCUUGAAAUCUGUCACUGCAACUGCAGCUUUCACAAAUGUUUCCAACGCUUCUAGUCACUCGGUUCCAUCUGCUCAUUUAAUGAACAGUCGUUCAUCCAAAUCUCCAGAGGUUACUGCACCAGGUAUAUCACAAAAUGGCUCAUCGCCAAUGGCAGCUCUUAUAUCUGCUGCUGAUAGUAUCCCUCCUGGUUCACCACGAAUUGGUAUUACUGGUACUGAGAUGGUGUCACCCACUGGUGGAGCUAAUAGGCCAUCAUCUACAAAUCGUCACUCUCCUAAUGGAGUGCCUUCUGGUUCCGGGAAGAAAACACCCAGUGGAGGUCGUCAUAACUCUGUAAGUUCAAACACGGACCCAGAAGCCAAUAACACUAACAUGACUUCAGCCACAUCCACCACAACUUCAUCUGAUACACUUCACACAGCAACAGGUCUGAAGUGCACGUUGUGCAAUGGGAGGCUGGAGGACACCCAUUUUGUACAGUGCCCAUCAAUUCAACUUCACAAGUUCUGCUUCCCAUGUUCACGUGAGAGCAUAAAAAGUCAGGGAGCAGUCAGCGGAAACGAAGUUUAUUGCCCAAGUGGAGAAAAGUGUCCUCUGGUGGGAUCUAAUGUUCCUUGGGCCUUCAUGCAGGGAGAAAUUGCUACUAUUCUAGGUGAUGACCUGGCUUCCGGAAAAGUAAAGAAGGAAAAAGAAACAUAGUGAAGAAAGUAUUGUUUUUCGGAUAUAAAUUAGAACAAAAGGAAGAGUUUUCAAAGUCGUUCCUUUAAA